UGCGUUACCAUUGGCGCUGUAAACACUGAAUUGUGCUUUUGAUGAAGCACACAGCAGAAUAGAGGAUGAUGCUUGACACUGCUGACUCCUAGAAAGUAUGCAGUACAUGUUACCACAUAGGCCUACACCAAAAGACUUCAGCCUUCUCAGAAGAUUUAGUUGGCUCUGACCUUCCCAAACAGACUUUCUCUGUUUCCUGACCAUCCCAACUUAUCAUCCAGUGUGCAAACCUAGGUAUUUGUAGGGUUUGUGUACGGUAACAUCAUGGCAACCUCACUGGGCAAACUGGGAUUCCACAGUAAGAUGAUUCUAGCACCCAUGGUGCGGGUAGGUACUCUACCCAUGAGGCUUUUGGCAUUGGACUAUGGUGCAGAUAUUGUCUACUGUGAGGAACUGAUUGAUCUCAAAAUGGUUCAGUGUGAGAGAGUUGUGAAUAACGUCUUGGAGACAGUGGACUUUAUAGCACCUGAUGAGAGGGUUAUGUUCCGCACCUGUAGUAAAGAAAAGGACUGUGUUGUCUUUCAGAUGGGAACAGCUGAUCCAGAGAGAGCACUGGCAGUAGCCAAACUUGUGGAGAAUGAUGUAGCAGCUAUUGAUGUCAACAUGGGCUGUCCAAAGGAAUACUCGACCAAGGGUGGAAUGGGAUCCGCGCUCCUUUCUGACCCUGAAAAAAUUGAGGCUAUUCUGACCGCUCUGGUGAGGGGAAUUUCCAAACCAGUGACCUGCAAAAUCCGAAUCCUUCCCACUCUGGAGGAAACCAUUAGUUUGGUGAAGAGAAUUGAAAAAACAGGGGUGGCUGCAAUAGCAGUGCAUGGCAGGAUGAAAGAGGAGAGACCACGGCAUGCAGUCCACUGUGACUACAUUCAAGCUGUAGCUAACAAUGUGUCUAUUCCAGUGAUCGCUAAUGGUGGCUCUCUUGAUCUCAUAAAAACAUAUGAUGAUAUCGAACAAUUUCGAGAGACAACAGGAGCAUCCUCUGUCAUGUUAGCUCGGGCCGCUAUGUGGAACCCUUCAAUUUUUCGCUGCCAGGGAAUGGUGUCUGUAGACGAGGUUAUGGAAGAAUAUGUCAAAUAUGCUGUUCGCUAUGACAACAACACAUUCAACACUAAAUACUGCCUGUGCCAGAUGUUAAGGGAUAGGGUGGAAUCACCAAUGGGCAAACAGCUUCAUGCAGCGCAGACCAAUGAAGAAAUCUGUGAGGUGUUCAGAAUGACUGAUUUCUUCAAGAAAACCAAGGCUGAGCUGGAGGCCUGCAAAAAAGCCCUUGAUGCCAACAGCAGCAGUCUUUCAGACCAGCCUGUACUGGACGGAGAUGUCAUCACUAUGGCGGUCAAGUUCGAAAGGAGAGAGUAUCCACCACAGAUCACCCCAAAGAUGUACUUGCUGGAAUGGAGCCGGAAGGAAAAGUUGGAACAGCCUGUAUAUGAAACGGAGCAACGUACCCAAGACAGAUGUUUCCAGUCUACGGUAAUGGUGGCAAAUAAGAAGUAUAGGUCCACACUAUGGGAAAAAUCUAAGAAAUUUGCUGAACAAGCUGCUGCUGUUGUGUGUUUGCGCACGCUCGGUGUACCAGAGGGGCGUAUCGGAGAGGGCUACUCAGGACUGGUAAACAAGAGAAAAAGGGAAGAGAAAAAAAGCGCCACUUCAGUGGACGAGAGCAUUACAGACUUAGCACACAGGAAGAGACGGCUCACUGAGCCAUCGCAAAAAGAGGAACAGGAAUCAAAUGACAGUCUGGUGGUAGUGAAUGGCUCCUGUGGUCAGACUAUGUCCUGACCAUGAGUAGAUGAGCACUGCUCAAGUUAUGAACUCUCCACAAGGAGUGUGUCUGCUGCUAUGUGCCUGCAUUGCAUUUGCAGUGAUGCACCACAAUGUAUCUGAAUCUCGUCCACAAAGACUUCAGCUUGAUAACAUGCAUGUUAUCCCUGAUUUGUUUUUUUUUUCUGGGUAAUUGUUUUAUACGCUGUUUCUCAUAAUGUGUAUGUGCACCACAUUGCCAUCUUGUUAGGUACAGCUACUCAAUGCUGUUACACCUGACACAUACUCCGCAGCUCUGACACCCAGUAAUACUACAACCAUUUCAUAGUCACUACUAUGCUAAAAUGGUCCACCAACCAUAGAAUAUCUGGUCAGCUAUACCCCUAUGGUGGUCCCUGUCCAUCGAAGGAGGGGGUAUAAGAGGACCGACAAAUUGUACAUAGCAAGAAAUGAUCUACAGUAAGCAAAAUGACCUAUAUGGGAGCUGUGCCUAAGAAAGUGGCAGCUGACUCAUUUUUUGUUGAAUAUAGGUGGCAUUUAUGUGAUGAUAUUGUAGCUCAGUGUUUCUCAAUCCUGGUCCUGGAGUACCACCAUCCUGCACAUGUUGGUGUUUUCCCUGCUCCCAACUCACCUUAUUCAACUCAUUCAUUUAUUACUAACCCUGAACUAGCUCGAUCGGGGUGAGUUAGUGGAAAAAUCAUAUAGCUUCAAGUUUGCCCAGUUCCCAAUACACCUCAUCCAAUCCUAAUAUAAACACAGUCCCAUUAGGACUGGAGUGUACACUCCUGGGGCAAAAAAAAAAAAAUGGGCCAAGCCCAAAAUGGCAAAAUACUAAGCUUUUUAUGGUCCUAACAAAUCAUUGGUUAGGGAAUUGGACAAAUGGAUAAAGUAACUUUGCUUUUCCCUUUGAUUUCUUUAAAUGUUUAAUCCUUAUGGGUAAACUUGCAGACAGAUUUUUAUUUCUUUUUCUUUUCUUUAUUUUAUUUUCAUGUUGUACACCAAGACACGUGUUAGUUUUAAUUUUACAUCAAAUACUUUAAUUAUGACUUGACCUUUUGAGUACAAAACUAUGUAGAUGAAUUUCCCUGUUUCUAGCUUUUCCCCAAACAGUUCACUGCAACAAAAGUAAACAAGCAAAUGGUGGCACAGGAGGUCUUAGGAGUGCAUUUGUUUAAUUCUUGCUAAUUUUCUGACCAAUGUUUUGUUAAGAACAUUAAAAAGCUUAACAUUCUGCCAUUUUCUACUUGACCUAUUUUUAUUUAAUUUCUUUGCCCAAGUGUGUUCCUUGCCACAGACCAGAAGGAGGCUUUUAACUGUUGACCACAUUGGCAGUAUGUGGUGUAAACCAAAAACAAAAUGAAAAUCAUUCUUUUAUUCAAGUAUUAUACUUCUAAAUAGUAAUGGUGACUUAAGGCCUUAAUGGAGUGGUUGGUGGGUGGCUGUAUAUAUUUAAUUUAAUUUUACUUGUAUUAAAAAACAUUAAAUAUG